AUGCUGCAAGAAGUGAUGCAGCAAUCUCUUAAAGAGAAUCAAAAAGCGCAGGAGUGGAGGGAGAGCGAAAGCAGGAUCCGCCAGGAAAACGCAGCGCACCGGCGGCGAAGCACGGAGCACCAGCAGCAAAGCACGGACCGGCUGAUAAGCAUCCUGGAACGCCAAGCGGACUCUAUCCAGGCGCUCGUCGCCAUGCAGGUGAAAAUCAGUGUAAAAAUUAGCUUCAUGGUGUUUUGGGUAAAUAUUGGGAUUAAUAUUUGGGCACAAGAGGACAGAAAAGAGCAACAAAUAGAGAAAAAAGACUGGAAAAAUCUUGGAGGUUUUGCUAUGGAUACUAUAAAUGAAAACCAUUUUUAUCUAGACAAAGUGUGGGUUCAGUGUGAGAUUGGCAGUUGUUUGAAAUGGAGACUGCUAUCAAGUGAUGAUGCUGCACAAGUUGAUCAGAGUGAGCCGUGGUACUGUUACAUGAAUACUGACCCAUGGUUUAAUAAUUGUUCUGUUUCUGAAGAAUAUUUUCCUGAAGAGUCUGAGUUUAAUAAAAGUGGAUUUAAAUAUGUCUACUCAGAACUUCCUAUAGGAAGUCUAGUUUUAGUGAAAAUGCGCAACUGGCCAAGAUGGCCUGGCAUACUUUGUCCUGAUCCUCUUAAUGGACAAUAUGUGACAUAUGACUUGGAUGGAUAUGUUAAAAGCAAUCAUGUAGAAUUCUUAGGUGAUCCCCAUUCCAGAGGUUGGGUUGCUGUGAAAUAUAUUAGCCGUUACCCUAGCUCAAUUAAGCCAGAACAAUGCAAGAGAAAAAAGAAAUGGUAUACAAGUGCAUUGGAAGAAGCAAACAAAUUACUUAUAUUUUCUGCUCUGCAAAGACUUGAAAUGUGCCAGCUAUCAGAAAAUGAUGCCCUUGUAUUGAAAGGAGAUGUUGGUUCACAAGUCCACCUGGGGAAAUCCCCACAUCUGGAAGAUGGAGUGGGUGAUGUCCGUCCAGAUAGACCACUCGUGACUGCAGAACGACCUGCUGAGGUGGUCUGCAAGCUCGUUGCGUGCUCCUGGAAGAUAGGACGCCUCCAAGUGAAUGGAGUGGGCUACUCAAAACUCCCACAGGAGAGCCUCCUGACAGAGAGGGAAGGAGCGGGCUCCGCCCUGCUUGUUUAUGUAGAGCACAGCGGUGAUGUUGUUGGUCAGCACUGCCACGCAGUGACCUUGCAAUACUGUAUGGAAGAUUUGGCAGGCUACUCUUACCACUCUGAGUUCCUUUAUGUUAAUGUGGAGCAGGAUCUCGGACUGCGACCACAUGCCUUGAGUCUGAAAAGUAUGUUAAGAUGCUCUCUUGAAACAAUGGUUUCAGAUGACUUCCUGUCAAAAGAAAAUCUGGUUGUCUCUGAGACAGAAGUUAUAUUAAAAGAUCUAGAACAAAUUCUCAGGCGUGUUGCAGACCCUUUAAAAACAGCUUGUGGGUUGUAUGGAAAUGGAGAGGGAAAAGAUACAGGAGAAAAGGUAACGAAAUGCAGCACAGAGAGUACUGAAGGAAGUCCAAUGGAAAACUACACCCAAGAGGAUUGUAUUAUUAUUGAUGGGAUAGCUUUCAGGGCUGGGGAAUGUAUUGACAACAUAAGCAACAAGUUUAAAGAAAUAGAUUCUUUAAUGGCUGAAUUCCAAGAUAGCUUGUAG